AGCAGUGUGACCUUUGAAGACGUGUCUGUGAACUUUUCCUGGGAGGAAUGGAGUCUUCUUAAUGAGGCUCAGAGAUGCCUGUAUCGUGACGUGAUGCUGGAGAACUUGACACUCAUAACGUCCCUGGGUUGUUGGCAUGGAGGGGAAGAUGAGGCGGCACCCUCUAAGCAGAACAGUUGUAUGCACGUAUACAAAGACCAGAGAAUUCCCGGUGGAGAACUGCCUUAUGUCCUCGGGGAAUGUGGGAAAUUAUUUAAGACCAAGUCCCAUCUGACUGAACACAGAAGAGUUCACACUGUAGAAAGACAUUAUGAGUGUAGUGAAUGUGAGAAAUCCUUUGCUCAAACUUGUAGUCUUUUUAAACACAGGAGAGUUCACUCUGGUGAAAGGCCUUAUGAGUGCAACGAAUGUGGCAAAACCUUUGCUGAAAACACCAGUCUCAUUAAUCACAGGAGAGUUCACACUGUAGCAAAGCCUUAUGAAUGCAGUGAAUGUGGGAAGUUCUUUGCUUAUAUCUCUAGUCUCAUUAAACAUAAGAGAGUUCACACUGGAGAAAGGCCUUAUGAGUGCAGUGAAUGUGGCAAAACCUUUGCUGAAAAGUCUGGUCUCAUGAGGCACAGGAAAGUUCACACUGGAGCAAAGCCUUAUGAGUGCAGUGAAUGUGGAAAAACCUUUGCUGAAAACUUCAGUCUCAUUAAACACAGGAGAGUUCACACUGGAGAAAGGCCUUAUCAGUGCAGUGAAUGUGGAAAAACCUUUGAUCGAAAAAGUGCAGGAGGAGUGGUUGUGCUUGUUAUGCAGAGGCGGGUCUUAGGCGGGUCUGGUGAGGCCGCCAGGCGUGACCCGCGACAGGCGGGGCUAGGGACCGCCGUGACCCGUCCCUCCCAGAGUCCGAUGGCGGCGGCGGAGCCCAGGGAGCCAGCUCAGGAAAACUCCCGUCUCAAGAGACACAGGAGAGUUCACACUGGAGAAAGACCUUAUAAGUGUAUUGAAUGUGGAAAAACCUUUGCUGAAAACUCCAGUCUCAUUAAACACAGGAGAGUUCACACUGGAGAAAGGCCUUAUCAGUGCAGUGAAUGUGGAAAAACCUUUCCUGAAAACUCCAGUCUCAUUAAACACAGGAGAGUUCACACUGGAGAAAGGCCUUAUGAGUGUAGUGAAUGUGGAAAAACCUUUGUUGAAAACUCCCAUCUCAAGAGACACAGGAGAGUUCACAGUGGAGAAAGGCCUUAUGAGUGUAGAGAACAUGGAAAUUCAUUUCAUCGAAGCUCUUCACUGUUGAAACAUUGGAGAAUUCACACUAGAGAAAGGCCUUAUCGAUGUAGUGAAUGUGGAAAAUCCUUUGCUCAAACUUGUUAAACAUAGGAGAGUUCACACUGGAGAAAGGCCUUAUGAAUGCAGUCAAUGUGGAAAAUCAUUUCUUCACAGCUCUUCACUCCUUCAACAUUGGAGAGGUCACACUGGAGAAAAGCACCAAAAAUGAAGUAAAUUUGGGAUAUUCUUUAGCCAAAACUCUACCUCUAUUAUA